GGCUGAAGAAUUUCAGCUUGGUUUCCAAUGAUGGUGUGGAAGUGGCUGUUCCAACAGAUGACACGGAUGCUGGCAGCCUGUCCGCAGCAGCUUUUCCUCUCAGAGUUUGCCUCCAUGCAGACGCAGAGCUCAUGGUGCAUGGUGAGUCUGUGCAGUUUGACUUCAGUGAACUGGCUGCAUUGAAGCAAGGGCUGUUGCUAGAAGGGCACCCGAAAGUUGAAAAGAAUGUGCCUGCAGCCGAUGGCCACGCUCAGUCCGAGAAGGUGGCACCAUUGCAGUCGCCGAAGCGCAGAAUGGUGGAAGAGAAUGUGGUGAGGAUUGGUGAUCAACCGAAAGAUGGAGCAGAGCAACCGGAAAAAAAGUCUCGCAAGGGAUGCGUCUACAAGAAGGGUGUGGACCGAGAAGUGCAAAGAGAACAAAUGCGACACCAGAACAAUGAGAGGAGCAUCCCACGAACGCAUAUCCUUCAGUUGGUCAAAGAGGAGCUGGAGACACUUGGCAAGGAGCAGGGGAAGAGUUUCAGGAUCGAGUCGGAGGCAAUCACUUUGCUCCAUUCUACCGCUGAACAGCUUGUGGUGGAGAUGCUGUCCCUUUACAACCGUGCAGCCAUGCAAGCCAAGAGGACAACCGUUUUGGCCAAAGACAUUGCCUAUGUUCGCGCGUUGAGUGAGGUGCUGAAUGCCCACCUGAGCUUUGUCCUGCGGGAGGAUGCUGAGAAUUGUUUGAAGCGCAUUCACGCAAAUGCGUCUGAGGAGUCUGCAGCCGGAGGUGCUUCUUCGGCAGUGAGGCAGAGAGGCUUUGCUGACAAGGACAUGGCUCAGAAGUCGAAAAGCUGGGUGCAUGAGCUCUUUUGGCCGAAGCAUCCUGACACUGGCCAUUAUCGUUUCUGCAAAAUAUGCAAUGAGGAAUGUCCAGACCCGCGACAAGUAGCAGAGCUGCAGAAGAAGGGAACACCCCUUUCGUCCAUUUAUAUGGGUGUCGUGCAGAAUGAUUGUAGCCCUUCAAGUAUGAUUAACCAUGUGAGAGCAAAACAUGAGGACCAGUUACCUGAACACACACCGGUGAAGCGGAAGCGGUCAGACUUGGAAGAGGAGGAGAUGCCCUGCAAGGAUCACCGUUUGCUGCGGGAUUGGGCAACAAACAUGUGUUUAGGAUCCAUGUACCCUGUGAAAAUGGUACGCGACCCCAAUGUUCGGAAGACCUUGCACAAACGGCUUGGAGGCCUGCCUACGGACACACAGAUCCGAUCAGAAUUGCAGGAUGUGAUUUCAGACAUCCGUGCGCAAGUGCGCAGCCUCAUUGGGGAGGCACAACGUCAAGGGAUCCAGUUCAUUCUAAGUGCAGAUACCUGGAAGCCAAAGACAAAGAAAAGACCUCAUUUUCUUGCCAUUUACUUAGAUUUUCUGGAGCCAACAUGGGAGCAUCGCACCGUCUGCUGCUCGGUGACUGUGGCAAAACCUCCGCGGACAGGAGCUAGAUAUGCUGAAGCGUUUGAGGGUGCUCUCUCGGACGUUGGCCUGUGCAAAUCUGAUAUCCUUUGUGGUUUGAGCGAUCACGAAGGAGCCAUACGACUUGGCUUACGCCUCUUGGAAAUACCGAUCGUGGGCUGCGGCACACACGCAGUGCAACUCUGUGUGAAACAUUGCGUUCCACCGUUGAAAAAACGGCAAAAGAAACCCGCUGCAGUGCAAAUGGCUAGCGAUGACUCGUCGGGCAGCGACGCAGACACUGGCUCCGAUAGUGAUAGCUCGUCAUCAAGCACCAGUUCUUUGUCAGCUGAUGGUGCCCCUGCAGCUGCUCAGUCUCAGCCUCCAAGGCGCAGAGGACGACAAGAAGACCCUGAGCAAGUUGCCAUUCGAAAAGAAUUGGAAAGUUCGUUUGAGAGGUUCCGCAAAAUUGCCAAACAUUUCUUGUACCGUGAAGACCAGUACACUUGGUUGGAAGAGGAUGGCAAAGCUGCAGGCCUGCCCGUGGUGUCGUACCAGGCCGAGACUCCGACGCGUUGGUCUUCAUCUCUCUACCAGCUUAUCUCGAUUUGCCGCAACAAUGCGUCUCAUGGGGUUAGCAGGAACAAACGCAACACCGAUGCACCUCCUGAGCUGGACAGAAACGAGCUCAAAGAGGCCUUAGAUUUUUGCGCGGUGUUGGAGCCUUUGAAACUUUCGACCAAGCUGUUAGAAGGUGAUGAGAAAUCUCUGGCAAGCCUUUAUUUGCCAGUUUGGACAAAGGCACUGGAAACCCUGGAGCAAACAGGGAACAAGAUUUUACCCUAUCCACGUGAACUGCGAGAAGCCUUUGGACCGGGUGUCAAAUGCAAAGAUUUGUGCGAGAAAGCCGUCAGGAUGAAGUUGUUCCUAGCCAAUGACCUUCGUAAGGUCCGCAAGAGACAUUUGGAAGGCACAAAUGGAGAGAAGCUCUUGGUUGCUAGCACGUUCUUGGACCCACGUUUUCGUGGGCACUCAGUGUUCAAAACGCUGCAGCCUUUGAAGGGUGCAUCAGACAUAGUUGCUGACAUUGCCUUGAAAACGUGCCAGAAAUACCCUGUGUUGCUCGAAAGAUUGCAGAAACAAGCUGACGACCCUGAGAACACUGUUUUUGCACGGCUGGCAGAUCCUGAAAAGGGUCGAGGAAAGGGAAAACGCAAAGGAAGAAGCACGGCUGCAAAAGCCAAAUCGAAAAGCGAAGCUCGGUUAAGAAAGGAACAAGAGUCAGGACCAGUUAGACCAAAACGAAAAUUGAAAGAACAGACCAGUGCAGACGAAUGGCUUUUUGGCGCUCCAGGCGUUGAAAAGGACUCAGAAGCAAAGGUGCUGGGUGACCUCCGCGAAGUGGAGGCUUCCAUCCAGCGGGAAAUAGAGCUAUACCAACGUCUACCAGCCACGGACAAGGGCCCGCUUGCUUGGUGGAAAGCUAACGGCGUGCAAUUGCCGUACUUGGCUACCUGUGCGCUCCGUCUAUUCGGAUUGCCGGCAAGUACUGCAUCUUUAGAACGACUUUUUUCCAGUGGCGGAAGAGGCAUAACACGGCGAAAGCCGCGGCUUCAACCCAAAAAUGCAGCUAACAUAAUUUAUGGACAUGCAAAUGUCCGCUUCGGAUACAAUGGUGUCAACUUGGAAGAGUAA